AUGCGCAGCAGCAGCAACAGCAGCAGCAGCAGCAGCAGCAGCAGCAGCCGUAGCAGCAGCCGUAGCAGCAUCAACAGCAGCAUCAACAGAGACGAAGCGGAGGGGACGGCGGUGCUGAGCAGCAGCAGCGGCGUCAGCAGCGAGAGAACAAACAGCAGAAGCAGCAGCAACAGCAGCAGCAACAGCAAACGCCACAGCAGCAGCAGCAGCAACAGUAACGACAAUAGCAGCAAUAUGAGCAGCAACAGCAACAGCAGCAACAGCAGCAGCAGCAGCGAUGAAGGCGGAGAUGCUGCUGCUGCUCCCCAGUUCAGCAGCAGCAGCCACAGCAACGGCCUUUACAGCAGCAGCAGCAGCAGCAGCAGGAGCAGCAGCAGCAACAGGAGCAGCAGGGGAAUUUGGGACAACGAUAGCGAAGAUAGUAGCAGCAGCAGAAGCAGCAGCAGCAGCAACAGCAGCAACAGCAGCAGCAGGAGACGACAGUCUAACGCUUCACCAGCAGUAGAGGAGCAACAACAAAUGCAGCAGCAGCAGCAGCAGCAGCAGCAGCAACAGCAGCAGGAGCGGCAGCCGCUCAUGCAGAUCUUUCGCAGGGAAGGCAGCUGGGGAGGCAUGGAAGACAGCAGCAGCAGCAGCAGCAGCAGCAGAAGCAGCAGCAGCAGCAGGGGCAGAAACACCAGCAGGAGUGGGAGGGGUUGGAGUAACGACAGGAACAGCAGCAGGAGCAGCAGCGACAGCAGCAGAAGCAGCAGCAGCAGCAACAGCAGCAGCAGCAGCAGGCGUAGAAUUCCUACAUCUGCUGCAUCAGGUAUAGAUAUAUCUAUCCGUUCUAUAUCUGAGACAGCAGCAGCAGCAGCAGCAGCUACAGCAGCAGCAGCAGCAGCACUAGCAGCAGCAGCAGCAGCAGCAACAAAAAGUAUUGAAUCUGCUGAUCAACAAAACCCUCUGCUGCAGCGCCAGGAGAAGCAACAAAGCAGCAGCAGCAACAGCAGCAGCAGCAGCAGCAGCAACAGCAGCAACAGCAGCAGCAGCAGCAGCAGCAACGCUCUUGAGUUAUCCCGUGGCCGCCUUGAAGACCAGUUGCUUGCAGCAGGCAUAUCUGGUGUGUGGUCUCAACCCAGCAGCAGCAGCAACAGCAGCAGCAGCAGCAGCAGCAGCAGCAGCAGCAGCAGCAGCAGUCGUGUGGAUGGUGUUGUGUUUGGUGGUGCUCCUUAUGUGGUGCAGCAGCUAUCUGGUGUUCAUAUGGGUUUACCGCUGCAGCAGCAGCAGCAGCUACGAGCAGCAGCAGCAGCAACACUAGCAGCAGAAUUUUCUUUAGACCCACGCAUGCAAGCUCGCGCUUUGCUUGAGCUGCAUGCAGCAGCGCAUGCAAUCCCGACGAUAGAUAUAUAUAUAGAUUAUAAUAAACCAAGUUCUUUGUUGCUGCAGCAGCAACAACACCUCCUUCUCUCUUCUUCUUUGCUGCUGCUGCAGCGGCUACCCCGCUUCUCUCUCCCUCUAUACGAUCAGCUGCUGCUGCAGCAGGUGUGUGACGAUGCUGCUCUCUAUCCGCGCAUGCAAGGCCUAGACGUCCCCUUUCGUCUCCUUGCUAAUGAUUUUCUUUUUUUUGCUGCUUACUCCUUUCUAGCUGAUCUACCCCCAUGGGGUAGGCCCCCCCUGCGCCUCCUCAGGGUCUCAGGGUUCCUGCUGCUGACAGCACACCUGCAGCAGCAGCAGCAGCAGCAGCAACAGCAGCAGCAGCAGCAGCAGCAGCAGGGAGAAGAAGAAGGGGUGAACGACGGAGAAAACGGCCGCAACGGGCCAUGGCAGUCCCCUGCAGCAGCAGCAGCAGCACCACCAGCAGCAGCAGCAGCACCAGCAGCAGCAGGAGCAGCAGCAGCAGGAGCAGCAGCAGCAGCAGCAGCAGCAGCAGAUGUGGACGGUUUAGACCUCGAGGGUGCAAGUCCUGAAGCAAUGGAAGCAUUUCAUUUGCAAGGUUUAGUUUUAUUUAAUUUACAAAUGAUAGUAGCAGAUUAUGUAGAUACACUCGAAAAUAUAGAACUGCUUUUUGCUGCUGGGGUUCAGAUACAAGACAACCCAGUUGCUGCGCUGCAGCCGCUCACCGCGCUGCUGCAGCAGCAUGGGUUCGUGCUGCAGAACUUUAAGUAUAAACACGGCACCAAUAUCAUCACUGUCAAUACAAACACCAGCAGCAGCAGCAACAGCAGCAGCAGCAGCAGCAGCAGCAGCAGCAGCAGCGGCAGGGUUGGUGCUUGGGGAGGAACAGAAGAAGGAAUGCUGCUGACGCAGGCUAAUCUACAAGCAGCAGAAAGGGAAAGAGACCGUCAACGCAGCAGCAGCAGCAGCAGCAGCAGCAGCAGCAGCAGCAACAGCAGCAGCAGCAGCAGCAGCAGCAGGAAUGCUAUGGAUAUGUUUAUGGAUGCUUGCAGGAGAAAGGAAGGCAGCAGCACGAACAGGGUGCAGCAGCUGCUGCAGCAGCAGCAGCGGCUAGCAGGGCCUGAAGAAGAUGCUCCACUGUGUCGCUCAGCAGCAGCAGCAGCAGCAGCAGCAGCAGCAGCACAUGCAUCUGCUGCAGCAGCAACACCAGAGGCAGUUUCUUCUCGCUGCAGCUGCUGCCGGUGCCAGCUAGGGGGGCCUCAAGCGUAUGGUGCGGGCGAGUCUGCUGCUGCAGCAGCAGCAGCAGCAGCAGCAGCAGCAGCAGCAGAAGAAGCAGAUGAACCUUCUGACGCAGACAGCGAUGAUGCUGAUGGCAUGCUGAGGGCCCACACCCUCCGCCCCGAUGCAUAUUCAGAGACUGCUGCUAGAGAACAAGGAAUAGGGGGCAAGCUUGUGUCUGCUUUUAAUUCUUUCUUAAGGGCCCUCGGCGAAGACAGCAGCAGACAGAAGCAGCAGAAGCAUGAUGGGGGCCCCCCCCGGGUGUACAUACACUCCAUGCUGUAUGUACGUGAUGCUGCUGAGAGUGCAGCAGCAGCAGCUGCUGCUGCUGCUGCUGCUGAAGCAGCAGCAGAUGCAGAAGCAAAUGAACGCAGACAACUGCGACAGGAUUACGAGCAGUGGCAGCGACAGCAGCAGCAGCUGCAGCAGCAGCAGCAACAGCAACAGCAGCAGCAGCAGCAGCAGCAGCAAGCAGCAGCAGAUGAAGGGGGCCUCCUGUCUCUUCUCGUUGGGGGGGGAGAGGGCCCCGACGAUUCUUUGCUUGCCUUUGUAGAGGAUUUAUACUGA